AUGGAGCGGAAUCUCACCGUCCUGUUAUUCUUCUGCCUGGGGCUCUGGCCACAGGGCCACGGGCAGGUCCUGGAGGUGGAUCCCCCGGGUUCCGAAGUGGCCGUGGCACUGGGCGGUUCGCAGCAGUUUACCUGCCGUCUAGCCUGCCCGGGCGGGGGCGCCUCGGUGCUGUGGCGGGGCCUGGAUACCAGCCUGGGCAACGUGCAAUCCGCCGCGGGCGUCAGCGUCCUGAGCGUGCGCAAUGCCUCGCUGUCGGCCGCGGGAACCCGCGUGUGCCACGGCUCCUGCGGGAAAUUCUCCAGGCAGCGCACCGUGCGGAUCCUGGUGUACGCCUUCCCGGACCAGCUAAGCAUGUCCCCAAGGACCCUGGUGUCUGGGCGGGACCAGAAGGUGACGUGUACCGCCAACAAUGUCACACCGAGGGACCCCGAUUUUCUCUCCUUCUCCUUGUUCCUGGGGGCCCAGGAGCUUGAAGGGGCCCAGAGCCUGGGCCGGGAGGAGGAAGCCCAAGGAGAUGAGGACCCCCUAUUCCAUGUGACGGAGACCUGGCUACUGCCACCCCUGGAGACCCCUUCCUCGCCCCUCCUAAACUGCACGGCCACCAUGCGGCUGCCGGGCUUGGAGCUGAGUCGAUACCAGGCCAUCCCGAUCCUGCACAGCCCUACCUCUCUGGAGCCCCCUGCAUCAACCACACCAGAGCCCCCCACCACAACUGCCUCAGGACCUCCCACCUCCACCUCUCUGGAGCCCCCUGCAUCAACCACACCAGAGUCCCCCACCACAACUGCCCCAGGACCUCCCACGUCCACCUCUCUGGAGCCCCCUGCAUCAACCACACCAGAGCCCACCACCCGCAGUCCCUGCCUCCCUGAGAUCCUCCAGCCCUCGGCAUUGGCUGAGAGAGAGGCACCUUGGGAGAUCUUAUGCAAGGUGACCUGUGGCCCACCAGGAGUGGUGGUCCGCUGGACCCAGGCCCCUGGUGGUCUGGAAGCCUACGAGCGGCACGAGGCAGGAGCUCAGGCUUGGCUGACCGUGAGACAGAUUGCAUGUGCUCCUGAAGGCUUGUUUCAGUGCCGUGUGGACCCAGGGGACAAGGUGGCCAGCCUGUACGUGAUCCAGAGAAGCCCGCUCUGCCCCAUGGUUGUGCAGCCACCUGCCACCCUGUGGACUGGGAUUUUGGUGUUGGGACUGCUCCUCAUGAUGUUCCUUGGCUUCCGUCUGCGAAGGUGCUACCAGCGCUUGGGCUGA